AAAAAGACAUGUGCCUUGCUUCUCGAAUCGCAGCAUCGGGAUUUCCAACCUCGUGGAAGGUCGUCUUUAGCCUUAGUUAGGGGUGAAUCUAGGGAUACAGCAUAAAAGAAAGCUGGUGAAAACUUCAACUUGCUUCCCUCCGUUUGAGUUCAAAACCUUUCGAAAUUCUCAGAAGACACUCAUCCAUUCAAUACGCUCUAUAUCCACGACCGGACUCACCUUAGAUCUAACAGUAACUCGAACUUUCGAUCCAAGCAGGAUUCCCAACAUUAGCAGCUGCAAUAUGGCAGAGCCGGUCCGGUUCGGCGUCCUCGGCUGCGCAAACAUUGCAAGGAAAGUGAUCCGUGCAAUGACACUAGCGGAAGGCGUGGAGGCGCAUGCUGUCAGCAGCCGGUCCCUCGAGAAAGCGCAGCGGUUCGCUGAGGAAGUGGGAAAAGCUACGGGAGCAAAGUUGAUUGCCUACGGUAGUUACGAGGAGCUGCUGUCCGACCCACAAAUCGACGUUGUCUACAUGCCCCUCCCCACCAGCCUGCAUCUAGAAUGGGUACAAAAAGCGGCCGCGCAGAAGAAGCACGUGCUGCUGGAAAAGCCGCCUGCCCUGACCCUGGAAGAGAUGGACAAGAUCCUGAAGGUUUGUGAGGACGCGGGCGUUCAGUACAUGGACAACAGCAUGUGGAUCCACAACCCCCGCAUGGAGGCGAUUAGAGCGGCCAAGCAAAGCAAGGAGAACUUUGGACAAGUGUUGCGCUUCGACUCGUCCCUCCACUUCCACCUCCCCCUCCACUCAGGCGACAUCAGACUGGAUUCUGCGUUGGAUGCCUUGGGAGCGCUCGGUGACGUCGGCUGGUACUGCAUUGGCCACUCGCUGUGGGCGAUGGACUGGGAUCUGCCGCAAAGAGUGGUCGCGCAGCCGGGGACGAAAACGUCAAAAGGCGGGGUGAUAACCAGCAUCGGCGCAACGCUUGUGUGGGCGGACGGCCGCGUCGCCACGUUCUACUGCUCGUUCGAGGCCGCGUGGGGCCAGCAAGCGUACCUCGUCGGAACGAACGGCCACAUACAUUGGAACGACCUCUGCAUUCCGAUGCGGGAAGACUCGUGCGCGUUUGUGACGUCAUCAAAGCCGGGCCUGAUCAACAGCGACACUGAAGUGAGCAACGAAUACAGGGAAACGCGGGUUGACCUGCGAGUACCGCAGGAGGCGCUAGUGUUGGAGGACUUUGCGGCGAUCGUUUCCGGGUUGAAGGCGGGCAAAGAGGCCUUGGAUUCCAGAUGGCCCGAACGGUCCUACAAAACUCUCCGCGUUUUGUUGGCAGUAAAGGACUCGUACGACAAAGGAGAGGCGGAGAUUCGGGUGACGUGACAGCAUUGUUGAAAUUUUUGGGAUCAUGCCGUCUUUGGCGAGCUUUGAACGGUUGUCAUCACCAGCUUGGCAGCAAUGCAGAGGUAAAGAGCUGAUGCUACAUCGUGUGUGGAGCCCAAGUGCAAGAAUGUGAAGCACCUGUGCACCUUAUACAUGCCAACUAGUCGUGCUUUUGACCCCAUCAAUAGCCAUUACAGUUACAUGUAAUCAGUGACCGCGUACGGUAGUCACAGCAUGUUCUUCUGCCGCGAAGGAUCAAGGAUCGAUGUUCUCAUGACAUUUCAUGCCGCGCGGCGACCCGAUCGGACCGGCCAUGCUGCGCGGCCGCCUUAGUAUAUAUAGGGCUUAUGGUACCGUACGUCAAUUGAACCGAACCUUUCGGUCUGAGAGGAUUCUGUGAAAGGUUAAAGACCAUCCUGAGACGGGUUAGGGUUGACUUGGAAGUUUCAAGGGGGGGUAGGAAGGGAGUACGGAGCCUGGAAAGUCCGGGUUUGGUUUUAUGGUCAAAGUUUGAGAUGCGAGUUAGGGUAACUGGUUACGUCUGGGUUACGUACUGUAUUCAAAUUGUACAUACUACAAACAAUAACGGCUUUGGUUUAUUUUCGGCCCGAAUUAAUACGCAGA